AUGUGGUGCCAGCCUGGAGCUUUCCUGAACACAAACAUCCAAAGGAGAGGUUUUCAAACAGAUUUUAUCAUUCCUUUAAAACAAGUAAGGCUGAUUGCAAGAUUUCUAUUAAAGAAACUAUCUGCUGUAUACUUGGAUGUAAGAUAGAAUUGCACUUCUUUUUCCUGCAACACGAUUGUGCUGUAAAUUAGAUAUAUUUUUCCCAGUGGAGAUUUUAACAAAGUCCAGCUGGUAACUUCAUUAGAUAGGAGGCACAACAACAUAUUUAAGAGGAUAAGAAAGCAGAUCUCCUUAUGAUUAGCUUAUGUCAAAGAUCAGCCAAAUGGCUUUUAGAUAUGUCACAGCCUUUAUUACCUUAAGUAUCUAAAGAACAGUGCAGGCUGAGCAAAUGCAUACUUGUGUUUUGUGGGAAGCUUGCACAGUCAAGGAAACAUUAAAAAAAAAAAAAGUAACUUCAGUUUUAGUAUUGCAUGUAUUUAGUCUCACCUCCCAGAUGGAAGCCUCUGAUGUAGUGUUAAUCACACGCAUAUAGUAAAGGAAUGUCGAAUAAGCUUAGCAACAUAAAUCUUUGCUGGUUCAUAAAUUUAACCCAGCUGCAUCCUCAAAAUUGUCCUACUGCACUGGCCCAGCCUUGAUUAAAACCUGACUUGGGUUUAGGGCUGCUAAAAAAAUCUUGUUUUUGUUGGGGGGGUUUUUUGUUAAAUAACUCGGAAAACAAAAAGAGUAAGCAGUAUUAAAUGCCAUACAAAAGUGUUUAUUGGAGUGGGACACAGAAUUCGGUUCGUCUGCAUAAAAGAGGCAUUCCAGUAUAAUAAUACCUUACUUCUGAUGCAUUAGUAAUUUCCAGGUGCCUCGCACAGGGAGAACUGCACUGCACAUAUGGAAAACAAAUGCAGAGAGCUGGUGGGACUUGCCUGACAUUACUCAGCAGGCCAGUGACAGCUGAGAAUAAAUGUCAGGUCUCUUCUGUCCCAGUCCCGUGUUCCGUUCUGUAGACUACUUUGACUCAUGCUGCGAGAGUACCCCUGGUUUUGCUGAACUAGGGCUCUGUUACCGCGAGCAGUCGAAACCAGAACCUCCACGCUAGAGCGGUGUCACCUCCAUUUCUUCAUCCAAGCAACAACCGACACUUCAAAGGCUGGAGUUGCCCGAGCUGCUGCCUGACUUUGACCAAGGAGACGUUUUAAACAUAUACUUCCCCUCCACCCAGUUACUGAGCCAAGUGACUUGUUAUGAUGGAUCUCACAUGGACAUGGAGGCCUUUUCAGCAGAACUUGGCCUAGAGUAAGAGCUCACUAAGGAAGACAAGAAAUAGAAGAUGACAAACGAGCCCAUUAAAGAGCUGCUGAGAGCUCCCAAGUACCCUGAACCCGUCACAAUGGAGAAGAGCAAUAACAAUGAAUGCGUGGUAACCACGGUCCCCUUGGUCAGCGAAUGCCAGCUGACAGCAGCAACGGGAGGGGCAGAGCUCUCUUGCUACCGGUGCACUAUCCCCUUUGGGGUGGUCAUCCUUAUAGCAGGGGUGGUGGUCACCAUCGUGGCAUACAGCUUCAAUUCCCAUGGAUCCGUCAUCUCGGUGUUUGGACUGGUCCUUUUGUCCUCAGGACUGCUUCUCCUGGCUUCUAGUGCCGUGUGCUGGAAAGUCAGGCAAAGAAAUAAGAAAGCAAAGAGACGGGAGAGUCAAACGGCACUUGUGGCGAAUCAGAGAACCUUGUUCGGUUAAAGACGACCAGGAAAAUCCUGGAGAGGAGAGAUCUCUUGUGUGUCUGUCUGACUAUUUAUUCAUGAGUUGGUCUGAAGGAUUAUUCUUCACAAUGGAAGUAGAUGGGAUGGAUUGAGAGAGAGACUCUAGGAGCAUCUCUGGAAUUGGUGGUUGAUAUGACUGAAUGAUAUUUCUUGCCAAGACAGGGAAAGAAAAAAAUUCUCUUCUCCACCCCCCCCCAACCAAUUCAUGGAAAAUGAUUUCAUCGUAACGGCAGUCCAGAGCUGUAGUCAGCGCUCUGAGGAUAGGGGAGAAAGCGGGGCCCUGUUAAAAUGAAGAAAACAAUCUGAACUGACCUGAUGGGACAAAACCUGCUUAAAAAUAAUGCAUGCUUGUGAGGGGUGGACUGAGAGAGGAGCUGUAGCAGUUGAACAGAUUACCAUCAUACAUCUGGCCAGAUUGCCUUUGAUUUAUAUUGUUCCCUGAAACAACAAACAAGCAAACAAAAACUGUGAUUGCUUCAUAAACUGAUUCUUGGAUCUCGGGACAUAUUUUGAGUUUGUUCCAGUGAUUUUUAUCUGUGGUACUUUUUUUUUCUCUUUUAAACAGACAGUAAUAUUAACUUGUUUUACUAUUGACUAGAUGUAGGUAGCUAUUCAUAAUAUUUGUCCAACAUAAAUAACAAGGUAUGAGUAUAGCUUAAAAAAAGUGAGACUUUCUUUUUGUAAAUUAAAGUGGUUGGAUUUAGCACUUUUGAGGAUUUUGAUAUAAAAAAAGUUGUAUAUUUCAUUAAAAUAAUAAACAUUCAGUGC